CACAUGUGGGGAUCACAGACUCCGCCCAUUGCGGCGCUAGACCCAUGAGUGUAACUUCAUCUGGGCCUGUCUAACCUGUGCUGUAAAUACUGCCAAAAACAAUUUGUAGUUGCAGGACUUAACACCCAGUCUGCUAUUGAAUUGAAAUAUCCCAUAUUUAGCCCCAAAGAAUAUGAUCUAAUUUCUGUUGAUUGAACGCUCUCUCUCUCUCUUUAGGUUCAGAAAAGUGGGACGUAAACCUCUUUCCAUUUCAUCUUUCACAAUUACCAACAUCUAGAAGGUUUUUUUUUAACAAACUUACGAACAAUUAUAGAUACGCGGAAACGGUAUGUGUGAAACGAAAUAAACGAACCUUUUAGAACACAAGUCGGUUAAUAGAGAUUAAUGGUUAUACAGCACAUUUAGAUAUAUUUUGGUCCUUGCUCGCGUAACAUCAUAAGGUCUGUCAUUGAGUCAAGUGGAGUGGUUUCGAAUCGAAUCGAUUCUCCUCUUGUACUUGACAAGGAGUAGGGUCGCCUAUCCAACCCCGAGGGUUUUUUCCAGGUCUUCCGGUUACCUCUCAUAUCUAAAGACCCCUACGCGCACGCGAAUUAUUUAAAUAUAAUUGAACCAGGUUAGUCCCGACAUAACCCAGUGCGUGGCGAGUGGACAUAAAACUCUCUCUCACUCUUUCCUGGGGUUCAUUUUAUGAUUGGAGAGACCACCGUCUUAAGGCUAAGUUUUAUACGCCCACAUUUUCAUGUAGACGUAUAUGGUCGUCGCUCCUGUCCGUCUGGACGCCCGUACACAAUCUGUUUGUGGACACUCUACAGGUCACAAUUCUUAUCCGAUUUUGACGAAACUUAAAAUAUCGGUUUACCUCCCAAAGAUUUCGGUUCCUUUCGAUACUGGCAUGUAUUGGGUCAAAACUUCAUGGAUUACUGGCCCAUGUUUGCACGAAAAAUCACAUUUUUAGCUUGUGGACACUCUAGAGAUCACAACUUUUAUCCGAUUUAGAUGAGACUUGAAAUGUAUGUUUAUAACCCAAAGAUCUCGGUUCCUGGAUUAUGGCCCCUGAUUGUACGAAAAAUCGCGUUUAAGCUUGGGGCCGACCUAAAGGUCACAAUUUUUAUACGAUUUAAAAAAAAACAACGUUCAAAUAUAUUACUGUUACACCAUAAUGAUGAUUUGGUUCGAAUUUCGCGAAAGUCGGACCGAACCUCUCGGAUAAGAUGACCGCUCUAGGUAUGCAAAUAGUGUUAAAGUAUGCGUAAUAUCAAAGUUGUUGACCCUCUAGAGGUCACAGUUUGGAUCUGAUUUUGAAGAAACUUAAAACAUGUGUUUAUGUCCCAAAGAUCUCUGUUCCUUUCGAUAUUCGCGCAUAUUGAAACUGGAUUGUACGAAAAAAUCGCGAUUUUAGCUUGUGGACCCUCUAUAGUUCACAAUUUUUAUCCGAUUUUGAAAGUCGUUUAAACAUAUCGCCGUUUUACCCUGGUGAUGACUGAGUUCGAAUUUCGUAAAAAUCGAUCCGAAACUGUCCGUUAAAAUGGCCGCUUCUUGAACCCAAAUAGUGUACAACUAUGUAAUAGCAAGUUCGUGAACCUGCUACAGGUCACAAUUUUUGUCCGAUUUUGAUAAAACUUGAAAUAUAUGUUUAUAUCCCCAAGAUCUCUGUUCCUUUCGAUAUUCACGCAUAUCGGAUCGUAACUUCCUGGAUUAUGGCCCCCGAUUGUACAAAAAAUCCAAUUUUAGCUUGUGGACCCUCUAGAGUUCACAAUUUUUAUCCGAUUUUAAAACACGUUUAAACAUAUCACUAUCAAACUGUGGGAUAAAAUGGUUCCUCCUUGUAUGCAAAUAGUCUAAAAGUAUGUAAUACCAAUGUUGUGGACCCUCUAGAAGUCACAUUUUUUAUUCGAUUUCGAUGAAACUUAAACUUUAAAUGUAUGUUAAUAUCACAAAGAUCUCGGUUCCUUUCGAUAAUCGCGCAUAUCGAAAUGUAACUUCUUGGAUUAUGGCCCCUCAUUGUUUGAAAAAUCACAUUUUUAGAUUAUGGACCCUCUAGAAGUUACAGUUUGUAUUCAUUUUUAAAAACAAUUUCAAUGUAUGACCGUUACAAUUCGGUGAAGGCUGAGUUUGAAUUUGGUAUAAAUCUGACCGAAAUGGCCGCUCCUUAUACGCAAAUACAUGUAGUCCAAAAGUAUGUAAUACCAAGGUGGUGGACCCUCUAGUAGUGACAAAUUUUAAUUCGAUUUGAUGAAACUUGAAAUGUAUGUUUAUAACCCAAAGAUCUAGGUUCCUCUCGAAAUUCGCGCAUAUCAGACCGUAACUUCCUGGAUUAUGACCCCUGACUGUACGAAAAAUCGCGUUUUUUAGCUUGUGGAACCUCUAGAGGUCACAAUUUUUAUCUGAUUUAAAAAACUGUUUAGAUAUAUCACCCUUACACACUAAUGACAAAAUGGCUGCUACUUGUACGCAAAAAGUAUGUAAUAUCAAGGUUGUGGACCCUCUAGAAGUCACAGUUUUUAUCCGAUCUUGAUGAAACUUAAAAUAUAUGUUUAUAUCCAAAAGAUUUUUGCGCCUUUCUAUAUUCGUACAUAUCGGACAGUAACUUCCUGGAUUAUGGCUCCUGAUUGUACACAAAAUCUCUUUCUUUUUUUUUAGUUUUUCCUCUGUCCAUCUCUUGCAAAAUGUGGGCCUAUCUUGCAUGGCAACCGUUGGUUCUAUUAACUAUAAUUAAAGGCCUUUAUAUUAAUUAUAUUUAUGAGAACAUUGUAAUUAAUUACACAAAAUCUAAACAUGUCUGGUUUAUAAGAAUAAAAGGAAUGUAAUCCGAGUAAUCCACUAAUAACACGAUAAUCCCUCGACAAGUAUACACGUUUUUAUAUUCAAUUACACGUUAUAGACACAUUUAAUCAUUUGAUCUGAAUUAAGGCUGGGGGUGUUCAGCCGUAAAGCUAGCAUAACUAUAACAAAAUAACAAUAGGCGCUUAGAAGCGUGGCGCUUUACAACCGCGUUGCUGUUGAAUACGCAUGUCUAAUCCCCCUGGUACUUGGAUACCAGUGUAUUGUUUUAGCUUAUGUUCGAUAUCACUUAUUUGUAAAGCGGACGUUAAACCAAACAGUUACAUUUGAAACAAGUAGCUGACACCCUAAGAAUCAGUAGUGUUUAGCUGAUGCAGUGAAACAUGAGCAUUGUUUAAUAAUUUAAAUUAAUUUUCAACUGAUAAACAUUUCAAAUGGCGGAUAUGGACGAAGAAUAUAAAAUUCCGUCAGGAAACUGGAUGGCUCGUAAACUUCGCUUGAUCAACGGCAACAGUGCAGAACUUUUCCCGCCUAAAACAGCUUGCUCCAGACGAUCGUACAAGAAAUACGACACCAUUUAUAAAAUUGAGUUUAAAGACGAAGAUAAAAAACAUGAGUAUCAAAAGCAUUUUGAACCAAAGAGAGAAACGGUACAAGAUAUCAUGUUUUCGGGUGGUCUAGAUACAGCACAGAUGUUUAUGAAUUGGAAGAUACCAGCUAGGAUUUUAGAAACUCCAUCUCCAGGUAGGUCUGUUUCUGCAGUGCCGAGAUUAGCUAAACCACAACAAGAACCAGAUCGUUUGAUUCGCCAAUCCACAUUACCCGAGAUAUCAUUAAGUAAUCGUAAUACCAUGAGACCAGUAUCGCAGGCUAGGAGAACGUCAUCACGGGCUUUAGGAACGCCAGCAAACAGUGCUAGAGGGUUCAAACAGACACCAGCAGGAGCCGCCGAUAUUUGGAAUACUCAGGUUAAGGCUACAGAUUCAACUAAAAAGACGAUAGAGAAAGUGUUACGAACCAAUGGUUAUGAAAAUCAGAUCACAAGUAAAUUACGGAAGACCCUGGAACCGGAAGCUAGAACAUUAGUCGAUACCUGGUUAAAUAAUGCUUCAGACGACGACAGAAGAAUGGCAUUAAAAUUUUUCGCGACGUUAGAUAAUAAUAAUUUGCCGGAAACAGAAAAACAAGUUAGAAUUGAUGGCAUUAUAAAAAUAUUGAAGAGUAAACAAGAAAUUGGCAAAAGUACACCGGAACUCAAUACCAGGUUGAAAUAUCUACGUCUGCAGGAACCCGAAACUCGCGCCAAAAGAUGGAUGCACACAACUUGGCAUCACUUGCCGCCAUAUAGAGAUAUAGAUCCCGUCGCAAAUAUAAGUUCCCAUUAUACCAAAUCGCAUCAACCAAUUCCACACGAUUUCGUCAUUCAUCCGGACUGGGGAUAAAAUAUAAAGAACAAAAGAAAUAUCUAAAGAAAUGCCAGCUUUCCUUAUAGUCCUGUCCAACCAGGCCGCACACCUACACUAUUUGAGGCGACACUGGAUGGUAUUAUGUUUUCGUGAUGCACAGAUAUUAAAAUUAUUGGACCGUGAUCUUGUAGACUAUAUCUUAUGAUUAUGCAUUCAGUACAACAGUAAAUAUUGAAUUUUAUAAAUGCUAAAACUGCUGAUAACCUCUGAGCGCAUAAAUUGCAUUCCAAAUCAUCUCUAAUACUAUGACCUUUAUUACACAGAAUUUUUGUUACGCUACAUUUUUCCAAUGACAAGGAGACCUCUAGAUUUCAUUAAUUGUUCGUAAUGGGAGAGACGUAGCCGUCUUUGGUAUUUACGUCAAGGCGAAAAUCACUUGAAAAUUCAAUGGUUGUCAAAUAAAUUCUAGCUUUAAUUCAUACCUGCUUAAUGGAAAAAGUAAAACAUUUUUUCCGGGUUCUGUCAAGUCCUCUGUUAUUACUCUUCAAACUAAUUUACACAAAAUGUGAUAUUCAAAAUAAGCCAAUUAGUUUGUAGUAUGCUGUCUUCUCUCAAGAAUGUAGUGAUAAUGAUGUUUGUUUAAAGUUUGAGUACAACUUUGUCACCAUAUCAUUAUUUUUAUCGCUAGUGUUAUUGUCACUUAUCUAUAUAAAUAUGUACUCAUCGUCCUUUUUUCUUUACAUAUUAU